GCGGAGCCCAGUUCAGCCAGGAUGGCCGAGAGAUCUCUGCCGGGGACUUGGUUUGCUGGCAUUGUCUGCUGACCUUCUGGAAAGCUGUCUUAAGCCAGGCGCAUGGGCAGCAUCCCUUCUGCUUCUCCUCUUCAGAUCUUGAUGAUAAAACACAUCCCUUAAUUUUAUUGCAUUUCCUAGAAGCUUGCAGGCUUGCAAGUGCACUGAGGCAAGAAACGUGAUAGAAAUGAAAGUCAGGACAUAAUGUCCCCGAAUACCCAAAGUGGCUUGUGGAGGCCAUCGGGCUAUCAAACUCGCUUUUAUUUACUGUCACCACCCCACUCACCCGUCCCCCAGUCAAGAACACGAAGCUUUCCCCCUUACCCCCAGAACAAAAACAACACAGCGGUUAGACUGCCGCCUACCGCCAGACCUCGAUGACUAGACCGGAGCAGCUUGUUAGCUGAGAUGCUGCUGGGAAAGAGCGCUCCUGCAGGAGCCCUGGUGCGUGUUUCACUGCGACAAUUCCAACUUUAUUAAAAUUCCUUGUCUCUGUCCCCAAACAGUGUUUUGCACUUUGAAAUUCCUCUUUGGAUUUUUCAGCGAGCUAUUGGAGUUAUUAGAUUACCAAUAAUCCAACAGCCAGCCUGGAUAGAGAAGGGGCAGGGGCGGGGUUAGGGAGAGGCAUUUUCCAAAUCAAGAAACUGGUCAAACUAGGUCAAUGGGAAGGAGGGGCGGGGUGAGAAAGGGAUUGUCGUUUCAAGUCUUGAUGCAGGGCUCUCUCUAGUGUUAGGCAGCGGUAAGGACACGAUUAGAUUUGAGCUACCAGAACCACGGGACUCCUAAUUUUUAAUAAAUGCAGGUUUUAACUUUCCGGAUAUUCACCCCAUCCCAUGUCAAAUUCCAGCCUUCUCUUUUUUUCUCGCCUUUAGCCCGCAGGCGAAGGGAAAAGACAGCCACAAAAUAGUAUCUUGAGGCCAGAGAGGCCCUAAGUAUUUGAGGGCCUACCCUGACUCCGCCUCCGCGGCAAAAGAGAUGCGGGGCGCAGUGUGACGCCACCCGCUAGUUUUAGGACCGGACUGAGGCCUCUGAGCCUGAGUCUUUCGUACCCCCAAACCCUGUUACCGAAAGCAUCUCCCGGAACCCCCUAUCGAGACCAAUUAGGAGGUGGCGCCCAGGGGUUUUUAAUUCCUGGGAAGGCAAGGUACCUUUGGAGUGCGCCGGCUCGCGCGUUGGGGUCGGCGCCCCGGCCUCUACCAAGUUGGAACCGUAUCUCUGAGGUUUUAGGAAAACAGGGUUCAGAAAUUCCGAAACCUGGCCGGUUCAGCGUGGUAGCGCCUAUUCUAAAAGACUUUGGGCGGAAACCGAGACGAGCUGGGUUCUCUUUCUUGCCAACGUAGGCGGAAGGAGUUUUUGGUUUAGUUUUCCUCCAACUCGGCUGGGUCGCUCAGGAUGGAGACCCUUAACCCUAGGGACUCCAUUUAUUUUUAACCUUAACGUCUUGCCUAAGUAAUCCCUUAAAAAGCUGGGGGAAGGGAGCAGGCAAAGGGGGAAAACCCAAAAAGCAUACGACGCACCAGGCAAACAAAAGCCAGAGUUGGGCAACCUGAAAUCAUGAAAUGAACCUCGUAGCCAAACUCCUGAGUUGAAUACUGGCCUCUGCUACUAACUUAUCUUUCUUUCCCCAUUUAUAAAUUGUUGUGGGGAGGGGUGGGACGGCAAGCGCAGGGUCCUGGUACCCCUGCGGACAAGGGAUUUAAGGGAAAACUUGCCCUGUUCCCUGCGAGACCCCCUACUCCCACCCCUCCCUGUCCCCGGGUGAAUCCCCAGCGGCCGGCGCCGCGCAGGCAGCGAUCCUGGCGGCCGUCGGGGGCCGGCAGCUUCCUGGAAAGUUACUUCUCGUUGGAGCCGGCAAUGGGCAGAGUGUUCUGUGAAAUCCGCAGAGCUGAGAUCGACUUCAUUCCGGGAAUGAGAGGGUUGUGCCAUUCCCCUCAGUACCCCCUGCCUUGACGGCUUAACAGGAAAAAAAAAAAAAAGGCAUACACACAAUGUUAGCUACUGAGGUCCAAGAAAACUUUUAUUUGAAUGUCACUAAAUUAAGAGCCGCCACGGUCCUACCACCCGGCCUCCGCCACGCCUUCGGGGGCUUCAGAGGCGAAUGGGCAGCGGUGCCAACGUUGCCAGCUGAUCGCCCGGGGGUGGGCGGUCCGUGGAAGACAGGUACGGUGAGGUGGGAGUGGGCGAGUCUGCGCAGGCUUGCCCGGGCGCGCUGGGCUCUGUUUGUGCCGGGUGUGUGACUGAGCGAAUGAUGCUGCCUGGGGCCAGCCCAGUGGAGGAGGGAGGAAGAUGGGGUCUUUCGUAUUGGCUCGCUUGCUCGCUCUUAACCUAGCCUCUCAAAGCUCUUCGCCCUCUCUUGUCUCUCUCCCUCUGUUUUUGCUGUUUUCUUUUUUUGCUUCCCCCUCCCCCCCUACCUCCCAUCAUUUAGCGUAUACACAUUCUCGAGGUGCCUCGUUGAAUAUAUGCAAGGAAAGAGCAAAGGGUGUGGGGGCGGAUUAGACAACAUUUAACUCUUCCUUGGUGGUUACUGCAGCCAGGACCAGUUUUUAAGCAAAAUUACGAACUGUGAAGCAAGGCAUUGGGUGAAAACAAAAUGGCCUCACCGGCUGAUAGCUGUAUUCAGUUCACCCGCCAUGCCAGUGACGUUCUUCUCAACCUUAAUCGCCUCCGUAGCCGUGACAUCUUGACUGAUGUUGUCAUUGUGGUGAGCCGUGAGCAGUUUAGAGCCCAUAAGACAGUCCUCAUGGCCUGCAGUGGCCUGUUCUACAGCAUCUUCACAGACCAGUUGAAAUGCAACCUUAGUGUGAUCAAUCUGGAUCCUGAAAUCAACCCCGAAGGGUUCUGCAUCCUCCUGGACUUCAUGUACACAUCUCGGCUCAACCUGCGGGAAGGCAACAUCAUGGCCGUGAUGGCCACAGCUCUGUACCUGCAGAUGGAGCAUGUUGUGGACACGUGCCGAAAGUUUAUCAAGGCCAGUGAAGCAGAGAUGGUUCCUACCAUGAAACCUCCUCGUGAAGAAUUCCUGAACAGCCGGAUGCUGAUGCCCCAAGACAUCAUGGCCUACCGGAGCCGUGAGGUGGUGGAGAACAACCUGCCACUAAGAACCAACCCUGGCUGUGAGAGCAGAGCCUUUGCCCCCAGCCUGUACAGCGGCCUGUCUACACCGCCAGCCUCUUAUCCCAUGUACAGCCACCUUCCGGUCAGUAGCUUCCUCUUCUCUGAUGAGGAGCUGCGAGAUGCCCGGAUGCCAGUGGCCAACCCCUUCCCCAAGGAGCGGACCCUCCCCUGUGAUAAUGGCAGGCCAGGCCCCAGUGAAUACAGCCGUCCGACCAUGGAGGUACCCCCCAGCAUGUGCCACAGCAGCAUCUACUCACCCAAGGAGGCAGUCCCAGAGGAGGCACGAAGUGACAUGCACUACAGUGUGGCUGAGGGCCCCAAGCCUGCUGCCCCUACAGUCCGGAAUGCCCCAUACUUCCCCUGUGACAAGGCCAGCAAAGAAGAAGAGAGACCUUCUUCGGAAGAUGAGAUUGCCCUGCAUUUCGAGCCUCCCAGUGCACCUUUGAACCGGAAGGGUCUGGUUAGUCCACAGAGCCCUCAGAAAUCCGACUGCCAACCCAACUCACCCACGGAGUCCUGCAGCAGCAAGAAUGCCUGCAUCCUUCAGGCCUCUGGCUCCCCUCCAGCCAAGAGCCCCACUGACCCCAAAGCUUGCAACUGGAAGAAAUACAAGUUCAUCGUGCUCAACAGCCUCAACCAGAAUGCCAAACCAGAGGGGCCUGAGCAGGCUGAGCUGGGCCGCCUUUCCCCGAGGGUCUACACUGCCCCAUCUGCUUGCCAACCAUCCAUGGAGCCUGAGAACCUUGAUCUCCAGUCCCCAACCAAACUCAGUGCCAGUGGGGAGGACUCUACCAUCCCCCAAGCCAGCCGGCUCAAUAAUAUUGUCAACAGGUCCCUGACAGGCUCACCCCGCAGCAGCAGUGAGAGUCACUCGCCACUCUACAUGCACGCCCCCAAGUGCACAUCCUGUGGCUCUCAGUCCCCACAGCAUGCAGAGAUGUGCCUCCAUACUACUGGCCCUACAUUCCCCGAGGAGAUGGGAGAGACCCAGUCUGAGUACUCCGAUUCCAGCUGUGAGAACGGGGCCUUCUUCUGCAAUGAAUGUGACUGCCGCUUCUCUGAGGAGGCCUCGCUCAAGAGGCAUACGCUGCAGACCCACAGUGACAAACCCUACAAGUGUGACCGCUGCCAGGCCUCCUUCCGCUACAAGGGCAACCUCGCCAGCCACAAGACCGUCCAUACGGGUGAGAAACCCUAUCGUUGCAACAUCUGCGGGGCCCAGUUCAACCGGCCAGCCAACCUGAAAACCCAUACUCGAAUUCACUCUGGAGAGAAGCCCUACAAAUGCGAAACCUGUGGAGCCAGAUUCGUACAGGUGGCCCACCUCCGUGCCCAUGUGCUCAUCCACACUGGAGAGAAGCCCUAUCCCUGUGAAAUCUGUGGCACCCGCUUCCGGCACCUUCAGACUCUGAAAAGUCACCUGCGUAUCCACACAGGAGAGAAACCUUACCAUUGCGAGAAGUGUAACCUGCACUUUCGUCACAAAAGCCAGCUGCGACUUCACUUGCGCCAGAAGCAUGGCGCCAUCACCAACACCAAGGUGCAGUACCGCGUGUCCGCCACCGACCUGCCUCCGGAGCUCCCCAAAGCCUGCUGAAGCAUGGAGUGUCGAUGCUUUUCCUCUCCAGCCCCUUCUCAGAAUCUACCCAAAGGAUACUGUAACACUUCCCCUCAUCCCAUGACGUAGUGCCUCUCUCAUCCACUAGUGCAAACCAUCGCGGGGGCGGGCGGGCGGGCGGGGCGGGGACCGGGUGCGCCUCCCUUCCCUCACUGCCGUAAAACAUUAAGAAAAUAAUAUCGCUUCUUCUCCUAUGUGUAAGGCGAUCCAUGUCAGCAAAAAGCAAAAUCAUUUUCUAUAUCAAAGUGGGAGAGUAAGGAUGCAAAAGUUCUGACUUGACUUAGCCUGCGAAAUGAGGAAUGUAUAUGUUUUGUGGGAACAGAUGUUUCUUUUGUAUGUAAAUGUGCAUUCUUUUAAAAGACAAGACUUCGGUAUGUUAUCAAAGAGAGGGCUUUAAUUUUUUAACCAAAGGUGAAGGAAUAUAUGGCAGAGUUGUAAAUAUAUAAAUAUAUAUAUAUAUAUAAUAUAAAUAUAUAAACCUAAAAAAGAUAUAUUAAAAAUAUAAAACUGCGUUAAAGGCUCGAUUUUGUAUCUGCAGGCAGACACGGAUCUGAGAAUCUUUAUUGAGAAAGAGCACUUAAGAGAAUAUUUUAAGUAUUGCAUCUGUAUAAGUAAGAAAAUAUUUUGUCUAAAAUGCCUCAGUGUAUUUGUAUUUUUUUGCAAGUGAAGGUUUACAAUUUACAAAGUGUGUAUUAAAAAAAAGCAAAAAACAAAAAAAAAAGCUGCAGAAGUUUUGUUCUACUUUUCAGUUUGUAUAUACCUGUACAACGUCCUCACGGUGCCUUUUUUCACAGAAGUUUUCAAUGAUGGAUGAGCGUGUGCCAUCCCUUUUUGAAGUGUAGGCAGACACAAGGACUUGAAGUUGUCACUAACUAAACUCUCUUUGGGAAUGUUUGUCUCAUCCCAUUCUGCGUCAUGCUUGUGUUAUAACUACUCCGGAGACAGGGUUUGGCUGUGUCUAAACUGCAUACCGCGUUGUAAAAUAUAGCUGUAUAAAUAUAAGAAUAAAAUGUUGAAAAGCCAAAUGAGCUCGUUCUGAAACUCACUCCUUGUGUGGGAAUGGGGACAUGGAUGGGUCCCGCUUGCUCAGUUUGUCCUCCAGUGGGAAGUGCUCUUGAAGGGGAGGGAGUACUGGCCAGUUUGGGCUUGUGGUCAUUUGAAAUGAAGCUGGAACUUUUCCCUGGUGGAUUGGAAUAGACUAACCUUGGCUCCCAGCACCAGGAUGGACUGCAGGCCCCAGACUCUGGUUAUGAAGGACAAGAAGGUGUAGAGGUUGCACUGACUCUCAAUCAGCUCCAGGUUGAACUUUCAAUAACUUCAGUUCUCACUCUUCGGACACAAACAUACCCAACUCUUCCUCCUCUGAGCCUCAGUUUUCCCAUUCUGUAAAGUGAGAAAGCUCAUCUUGCCUUCUGGCUUUAUAUGCAUGUCUCUGCACUUGGUUAUAUGGGGCAGGUCAAGGGCUUUUCUUGGCUUCAGUGCAUUUGAAGUCUUUGGUGUCUUCUGGGGACUGGCAGAUAUCUGUGGAUGCAGAAGAUUUAUCAAUGGCUAGAGACCAAGUCAAUCUUUACCCCUACAGAGAUGCUCUUUGACCAGAGUUCUGUGCUGUACUCAGUCACCUCCUCCUGUGGUCUUGAGACCACCGUUUUCCUUCUGGGUCCCCUUCCCAACUUGUCUAGCAAGGGAUUGGGUUAACUAGAUAAUUUAUGAUUUCAUGAUUCAGGAGUAAGUUACCCCAGCUGCUUUUGGCACCCACUUUUAUUUCACCUCAAAAAAUCCCAAGGAUCAAGUUUGAUUGACAAGACCUGAGAACAGAGAGGGCAAAUGAGGUUCUGGUAAUUGGCCCAGAGGAAAAAGUCUGCACCCCCUUUCCUGCUCCUGGGUGGCAAUGGGGAAGGGACACAGGCCCACUGGUUAGACAGUGGUGUCCCUUGGCAGUGGCUUUGCAGCAGGCUCUGAGCACGUGCUGGGAAGCUUAGGGGAGCUGACCACCCAAAGCCCCAGAGAGAGCUUCAGAAAGUCACACCACCCUCUGCCAACCGCAUGGCCU